ACCGUGGUUUUCAUUGCAAUGCAUGCUAGCGCUCCUUUGUCUGGUUUCGUCCACGUGUGCGCUUGCCUUCUUGUCGCCAUGGAUCCUAGGACCGUCAAUUCCACCGCGACUCACCUCGUAACAUGCAGAUUAGCAGAUGCGACGCGUGUUACAGCUCCUUUCCCAGGACUGGGUGGCAAACAUCCACGCGCGACUAAGUGGCCAGUUCGCCACCCCAGAAGCGCACGCGCACGCUGGGGCUACAUCGGACGUGUACUCGAAAGGAGGGAUGGCAUCCGACAGGCCAUUCUUUAGAAAGUCGAAAAGACUACUCCCUUUCGAACGACGUUGGAUCAUCCGCAGCGAAGCUUUCUGCUUGUUCUCUCGAGCGUGCGAUUGUUCAUGUCUUCGAUUUCCACGUGUCACGUGACUCGGGAACUUCCGGAGGUUCUGACGCAGUCCUUCAAGUGCUUCCACGUGCGCUACAAACGGUGGCACACGCGGCCACUUCUCGCAAGCUGACGUUGUCUUCUGUAGGCGCAUGCACAUGCCGCCUCCGAUUCUUUACAAUGGAUCUGGACGGCGGCGUGAGUUGUAAGGAUUGCCGUCCACCUCUCAAGCGAGAUAUUUUUCUCCCUUCCAGCAGGAUAGUUGAACAACUGUGAGAGAAACAGGUACGCAAGGCGGCCUCAGAUCUGCCAUGGCAGCGCGGACGAUACUUCCUUCAUGUAUCCGAGAGUUUCUAGUCUCAUCGGAGCAGCAUCCAGUCCUCAUUUGGCACCGUAACAUCCAGCACUACUCUUUGCGCCUCAUUCAGCUCCAGAUCAGAUAUCCUGAAAGUAAGACGCCAGUCGUAGUCACAGUUCUCGCUCUGAUGGAGGAGAGCCCCGGACCAAGGGCGAGCAUGGCUCGCGGAUUUCUGGGAAGGUAUGAUCGUCAAGAGAAGCCCUUCUGGAGCCUGGCGACGCUCUCACGAGCUACUAGCAACAUCACGAUGCAGGAUGGAUGGCGGACUUCGUACCAAGAUUCACCAUCCAUGGCGGCGGGCGAUGCCGGGUUCUCUGAUGUGCCCGAUCUGGGAGGGCGGAAGCGGAAGCCCGCCAGCGGGAGUCGGAAGCGGAAGAGAUCGCGCGGAGAUACACUGCCGAGCGAGAGCGAGGUCAAGGCGGCUGCUGCUUGCGAUGACGAUGAGCUGAGUGCAGCUCAGCUGUCCGCGGCUAGGGUUCUCGCUCGACCGUCACCCGCUUUUUCAGGAGCGCUUCAAGCCAUCAUAAAUCAAGCUCGCCUUCGUCAGACCGUGGGAUCUCUAACCUCGCCCCUUGCUCUCGCUCCCUCACUGGAGUCACUGACAACCUCCCCCGUCGCCUCCCAACGUUCUGGGCAUAGCAUGCAGUCCUUCACUUCCCUUCCCCUUAUGGCUCAAGAUUCCAGCCAUGGGGACCUUCUGACCCAGGGUCUAUUUCCCAAUUAUACUACCCUUGUGACCCGGGGUCAAUCUUCCAACUCUACUAACCUUCUGACCUGGGGUCAAUCCUCCAACUCGACUAACCUUUUGACCCGGGGUCUCCCUGUGGAAUCACCUCGCCUCGACAUGGCGUCAUUGAACCUCUCAAGCCCACCCAUCCUUGUGUCGCCACCUAACAACGUGGAUCCAGCUCUCAGCUGGUUUCCUCCUGCAGAGGAGCUCCAGAGGUUUCAGGCAGCAGUGCGCGAGCCUUCUGUGCCAUUCAUGUAUGAGUGCAAGGAGUGUGGGAGGACGUUCAACCUGCCGCAGUCACUGGGAGGACACAUGUCAAGGCAUAAAAGAGAGAAGAGGCUGAAGAUGAUGCGCAAGAGAAAGGCGGAGGCAGAUGCCCAAGAGGUGGCAGAAAGCUUAUGUGAGCUGCAGAAAGCGUCAACAUCUCCAGAGAGUUUAAACACCGCAGAAUGUGCUGCUGACGCUCCUAGCCGGAAGGAGCGAAGGAGCACAAUUCUAGACAUGGUGUCAGCUGGGAACCCUCUUCAGGGAGAUGGUCGCCAGCAGCCGUCUCUUCAAGCACUCAUUGAUUCUCAGCAGCAGCUGUUGCUCUACCAGCAGUUGCUCCACCUCCGGCUCACCAUGCUGCCAGAUGGGGUGCUGGUGCCUCCUGCAUCUCCCUUGGCGGACCCUCUCCAGCAGCAGACGCAGCAGCCUGACAGAAAAAAAGCCCAGAUGGUGGUGGUGCUUCCUUCAGCAUCCCUUGUGGAUCCUAUUACACAGCAGCUUGAAACUGGGGGUCAUUCUGGAACAGUCCAGGAGUAUGGCAUGUGUGAAGUUUCUGCACCAGGUGGGAUUUUGGGAUCUGUUGGGGUGAAGAGGGAGGAGAAUCACCCCUUAGAAUGGAUGGGAGGGGAAUCUUGGAAUGCGUCCAAGGGAGUUUCAACUAUUGAGAAGCACCGAAGUGGGUGUGGUGAUAGCAUGAGGUAUGGUAGUAGCUCAGGUGGCUCACGCGAGGUCGUCAUGGACUUGAAUUCAUUGCCCUCGGAGGGUCUGGAGCCCUAAGGUGGCAUUUCAGCUGCUUUGGGUAUAUUUGUACAUAGCUUGUUCUUUCAUUCAUGUUUUGCCUUUUU